AUGGCAGAGGUCUGCAAGUAUUACCUCAUGGGCACUUGCGACCGCGGCGAGAAGUGUAAGUUCAGCCACCAGACCGAUUUCGAGCACAACCACUCACGCCCGCUGCCGUGCAAGUAUGCAAGCCGGCCAGGUGGGUGCCGACAGGAGGGCUGUCCGUUCGACCACGGCGAGGCGGCGCAGAAGGCUCCACAGCAAAAAGAGGCGGUUGAGCGCCCCGAGCUGCCGGACAUCCCGCUUCCUGAAGCUCCGAACGCGGAGGAGCGAGCUGCCCGCGCUGCAGGCGGACUCCCGCCACGCCCGGACGAUGUCGCAGAGUUCCAGACCCGCAAGUUCAACAACUCCGUUGCGAAGAUUCGGAAGAUGCUGGAGUGCGAGAGGAAGAAGGAUGCCGCCAAUGCGCCGUCCUUCGAGCUGGGGGACAUUGAGUUUGCGGUUCGCAAGUUUGGAUCCGCAGAUCGGGCAGCGGACUGCUUGUACUGGUCGCGGAAGAAACUGCUUCCCAUCCAGGAGUGGGACACGUUGGCGAACUUUGAGGUGUCCGUUCAAUGA